GGAUAGUGGACCAUACUCUGUAUUCACUUCCACCCUCCCCAGAUCUCUCGUUUCCUCUUCCUCUCUUUUUCGUUGCCUUUCGUCGUCGUCGUCGUAUAGACAACUCUCCCCUCUACCUAAUCCUCAAUUUCUCCCUGUGGGUUGGAGAAGCAAUUCCUCUUCUUCAUCGGGGGUUCGCAGGUGCGCGCGUUCGAGUCAGGACAGGAGCUAUUUCUAUCAGAACCUUUAUUCCCUUCUCUCCCAAACGAGCAGCCAUGCUUUCCUCCUCCGCGAGGGCCUUCCGGGUCGGGGCCCGGCGGUGCACUCGAUUGCCCGUGCCCUCCAUCCCUCGAGCUACCGCUCCAGCCGUGCCCAGCUCGCGCCUGGCGGGUUACGCACGCCGCGCCGCCCUCUCGACGUCAACCAAGCAGCUCACGGACCUGAGCACCCGUGGCAUCGUCAUCCAGACCCUGAGCAGUGUGGGCUCCAGGAGGGAAGUCCAGCAAUAUCUGUCACACUUCACGUCAGUGUCGUCACAGCGAUUUGCUGUCAUCAAGGUUGGCGGGGCUAUCUUGACAGACUAUCUUGAUGAGCUUUGCAACAGCUUGGCCUUCCUCUACCAUGUCGGCCUGUACCCGGUUGUGGUCCACGGCGCCGGACCCCAGCUCAACAAGCUCCUCGAGGACGCCGGGGUCGAGCCCCAGUUCGAGGAGGGCAUCCGAGUCACAGACAACAAGACCCUCGCCGUGGCACGCAAGCUGUUUAUGGAGGAGAACCAGAGGCUGACCAACCGGCUGGAGGAGAUGGGUGUUCACGUCCGCCCAAUCACACACGGUGUCCUCGAGGCCGACUACCUGAACAAGGAGAAAUGGAACCUGGUGGGAAAGAUCACGAAUGUGAACAAGGAUAUGAUUGAGUGGGCCAUCAACCACAGAUGCCUGCCUGUGUUGACAUCCCUGGCGUACACCCCCGACGGGCAGUGCCUGAACGUCAACGCAGAUGUUGCCGCCGCGGAGCUCGCCCGUGCGCUGGAGCCGCUGAAGGUGGUCUACCUGUCCGAGAAGGGAGGGCUGUUUGAUGGCGAGGGCGGCAAGAUCUCUGCGAUCAAUCUGGACGAGGAGUUCGAAUGGUAUAUGUCCCAGUCGUGGUGCAAAUACGGCACCCGUCUUAAGAUCAGGGAGAUCAAGGACCUGCUGGAUACCCUCCCGCGGUCGUCGUCCGUCGCCAUCAUCCACCCUCAGGAUCUGCAAAAGGAGCUGUUCACCGACUCCGGCGCCGGGACCCUGAUUCGACGCGGCAACAAGCUGCUAUCCGCGACCAACAUACAAGAGUUUAGCGAUAUCGAGAAGCUGAAGGAGGUGCUGGUCCGUGACAGGGAAGGGCCCAACUCACGGCAGACCGUGGACGCAUAUGUAGAGUUCUUGAAGGAGAACCCCUUCAAGGCAUACUACGACGCCGACAUGAACGCGCUUGCAGUUGUUCUCCCGGCCACCGAGAGUCACCACGCGACACUGGCCACUCUUACCAUUACAAAGUCUGGGUGGCUGAGCAAUAUCGCCGAUAACCUGUUCACCGCGAUCAAGAAGGACUUCCCCAAGCUGGUCUGGACCGUCAAGGAGGACGACGAGAACCUGACCUGGUUCUGGGACAAGGCCGACGGCAGCUUGUCCCUGAACGGGAAUGUCAUGUUCUGGUGCGGCGUCGAGGAUGGCAACGAGAUUUUGCAGGUCAUGAAGGACUUUGAGGCGCAUGGCCGGGAGAUGCUGGGCGACUCCAAUUUGGAAGCCCGAAUCCACAGAGCGGCAAUCAGUGCCGGCGCUUCUUCGUCUGCCCCCCGCCAGUCCGUCGCGCAACAGGCCCGAGGCUACGGCACGGUCACGAGGUCCAGAUCAUCUUGGCUGCCCAAGGCACCAGCUCAGCGACGCGGGUUUGCGACAACGACCAACCCCAACCCCCCCCUGGGCAAGCGCAACAAGACCCGAGACGGUCCAGCUAAGGUCGCGCUCAUCGGAGCACGAGGCUACACCGGACAGGCCCUGAUCUCACUGCUGAACUCUCAUCCCAACAUGGAGCUGGCACACGUGUCGUCUCGGGAGCUGAACGGAACGCUUCUCGAGGGCUACGAUAAGGCCCAGAUCACAUACGAGAAUCUGAGCCCGGAUGAUGUGCGAGAUAUGGAGAAAAGGGGCGAGAUCGACUGCUGGGUGAUGGCGCUGCCCAAUGGUGUAUGCAAGCCCUUUGUUGAGGCAGUACACGAGGGCCGCAAGUCAUCGAGCCACAAGAGCGUGAUCGUCGACCUCUCGGCAGACUACCGCUUCGACAGCUCGUGGACAUACGGCCUCCCGGAGCUUGUCCAGAGGCAGAAGAUCCACGACGCACUCGACAUUGCGAACCCAGGCUGCUACGCAACCGGCGCGCAGCUUGGCCUGGCGCCCUUGGUGGAGCACUUUGGCGGAGAGCCCUCCGUCUUCGGCAUCUCGGGCUAUUCCGGCGCGGGCACCAAGCCCUCUCCCAAGAACGACGUCGAGCUGCUCACUAACAACCUGAUCCCUUACUCCCUGACCGACCAUAUCCACGAGCGGGAGAUCAGCUCCCAGCUGGGUCACAGCGUCGCGUUCACUCCUCACGUUGCUGUCUGGUUCCAGGGCAUCCACCACACGAUCAACAUCCCUCUGAACAAGACGAUGACGAGCCGUGACAUCCGCCAGCUGUACCAGGAGCGGUAUGCAGGCGAGAAGCUAGUCAAGGUUGUGGGCGAGGCGCCCACCGUCAAGGCGAUCAGCGGCAAGCACGGCGUGGAGAUUGGCGGGUUUGCAGUACACAGCUCUGGCAAGAGGGUAGUCGUCUGCGCAACGAUUGAUAACCUGUUGAAGGGGGCUGCGACCCAAUGUCUGCAAAACAUGAACCUUGCACUAGGCUACGGGGAGUACGAGGGCAUUCCUGUCCUAUGAUGAAAGAGGGUUAAGAAAUUUCGGGGCAGAGAGUGGGGCGGAAGGCGGGCUUGGGAGGUUCAAUUAUGCGUGUAUUUUGCAGGCAUCUGGCGUUCAGGAAAAGUUUCAAAGAAUCCGAGGUGUCUCGUCGACGUUUUGUCGAGGAGAAGAAUUGAUACUCCAGAAGCGUGUGGAGGCGAUGUACGAUUUGAGCUCGACUACUGCUGUACCUUUGCGCUACGGGAGAGUACAGACCGGAUGGAUGGAAUAGAUAAUAAGGGCCUUCAACGACUUCUAAGUUGUCAUUGACAG